AUGGGGCGGGGCCGGGGCCGGGGCCGGGCCUCUCCUCGCUGUGAGGGGGGAGCUCUGGCGCCAACCCGAGGGAAAAGCAACACCGGAGUACCCGAUUUGAUUUCUGGGCAGCUCCUGGCUGAAAACACUAUCAUCAGCAUUGACUUCUCUCAUGGGCUGUCACAGGCAAACCAUCCUGUGAUCGAACGGCAGCCUGCAAGUUCCCCUGAAAGUGAAGUGGCAGCUUCCUUGUGUGGGGUAACUUUGCGGUGUGGCAACCCGCAGAGGGGCAGCUCUGCUCCCAUGAAUGCGCCCGAGAACUCAGCUGCCACUGCACAGGGCUCUCGGGAGGCCGAGCCCAUGGCUAAGCUGUGGGUCUUGGGAGCACUCAACACCUUCCAGGGCUUAGUGUGUGCCAUGGCUGUGCCCUCCUACCUGAACUACCGCUUCCUGGGGGAGAAGGACUGCGGGGCGCCCUGCGAGCCCGGCCGCCUCUACGGGCUCAUGUACUUCGGGCCCGAGGAGCUGCGCUUCUCCCGCACCUGGAUCGUUGCCCGGCUGUGGGUGGGCGUGUGGUCUGUGCUCUGCUGCGCCUCCACCCUCUUCACUGUGCUCACCUACCUGGUGGACAUGCGCCGUUUCAGCUAUCCAGAGCGGCCCAUCAUCUUCCUCUCGGGCUGCUACACGGCGGUGGCUGUGGCCUACAUCGCCGGCUUCCUCCUGGAGGAGAGGGUGGUCUGCAACGAGCGCUUCGCCGAGGACGGCUCCCGCACCGUGGCGCAGGGCACGAAGCGGGAGGGCUGCACCAUCCUCUUCAUGAUGCUCUACUUCUUCGGCAUGGCCAGCUCCAUCUGGUGGGUCAUCCUCUCCCUCACCUGGUUCCUGGCCGCUGGCAUGAAGUGGGGCCAUGAGGCCAUCGAGGCCAACUCCCAGUACUUCCACCUGGCCGCCUGGGCCGUGCCAGCCAUCAAGACCAUCACCAUCCUGGCCCUGGGGCAGGUGGACGGGGACGUCCUCAGCGGCGUCUGCUUUGUGGGCAUCAACAAUGUGGACGCCCUGCGGGGCUUCGUGCUGGCCCCCUUGUUCGUCUACCUGUUCAUCGGCACCUCCUUCCUGCUGGCCGGCUUCGUGUCCCUCUUCAGGAUCCGGACCAUCAUGAAGCACGACGGCACCAAGACGGAAAAGCUGGAGAAGCUCAUGGUGAGGAUAGGCAUCUUCAGCGUCCUCUACACAGUGCCGGCCACCAUCGUCAUUGCCUGCUAUUUUUACGAGCAAGCUUUUAGGGAACAGUGGGAGAGGAGCUGGGUCACGCAGAGCUGUAAGAGCUACGCCAUCCCCUGCCCCAACAACCACAGCAGCCACCACCCGCCCAUGAGCCCCGACUUCACCGUCUUCAUGAUCAAGUAUCUCAUGACCUUAAUCGUGGGCAUCACCUCGGGCUUCUGGAUCUGGUCUGGGAAAACCCUGAACUCCUGGAGGAAGUUUUACACCAGGCUCACCAACAGCAAGCAGGGCGAGACCACCGUCUGAGACCCCCGCCCACCGGAGGACCAGGGCUCUGCCUUGGGAAGCAGCUCCUUAUCCAGCCUGGGCAAACUUUGGGGACGGCGAGUGGCUUGCAGGCG